AUGGAGAGUGCCGAGGCAGGCCCUGCUCUCUGCCAGGGUGUGGAGAGGAAGAACUCGGGGUGUGCUGAGGGCCCACGGAAGCUGGGCCUGUCCUUCUCCAUCGAGGAGAUCUUAAAGAGGCCCGCAGAAGGGCGCCACGGGGCCGGACGAGAAGGAGCAGGUGGACCGGGCGCCAGGCAAGCAGCGACGGUGGGCUCCCGGCCAGAGAGGCCCCCACAGGACCAGCCCCAAGAGGACAGGAGGAGCAGGCGGAGGGUCCGAACCACCUUCACCACAGAGCAGCUGCAUGAGCUGGAGAAGACCUUCCACUUCACCCACUACCCAGACAUCCACGUCCGCAACCAGCUGGCAGCCAGGAUCAACCUCCCCGAAGCUCGGGUGCAGAUCUGGUUCCAGAAUCAGCGAGCCAAGCGGCGGAAGCAGCAGAAGACAGGCAGCCUGGGGGCUCUGCAGCAGCUGGAUGAGGCCGACGUGGCCCCGGCCACACAUCUGGACAUGGCCGGCCUCGUGCUGCCGCCCCCUGCACUGUCCAGACUGGCUCCUCCCAUGGGGUGUUAUCCACCGGCUCAAGGUCAGCUGGCCUCUGCCUGGCUUCCCGCCCGGAUCACCCCCUUCCCACGCCACCCAUGGGAGACACCGCCUCUCCCAGGCCCUGUCAUCCUGCAGACCUGCGUCCCUGCCCUCUGCGUCCUUCCUCCUCCACACCCCAAAUGGGGCAGCAUCUAUGCCACUUCGACCAGCGGAGCCACUCUCCUCUCCAGGUGA